AGUGUGUGUGUUUACGUGGUGUUUACGUUUACGACGUUUUACGAAAGGAGCGAAGAUGUCAAUCAUGUCAAUCCAAUAUCUCGGGAAAUGUAAUUGCAUUUAAUAAGCUUAUUGAUCGCUUUUUAUAGUGAACAAAGAUCUGAAUUAGGAUGAAAUUCAAUGAUAAAGAACUUGCCGAGGCCAGUUUUGGGCCAGCAGUUCUGGAAGGUCGUUUAAAUCACAAACGAGCUCACAAAUCAGCAUUCAAGGAAAGAUGGUUCAAGUUAAAAGACAAUCUACUAUUUUACUUCAGCAUCAACGACCUGGGGCACAUCGACUGGAGGCAGCCUACAGGUGUAAUAAUUCUCGAAAACUGUCGUAUUAAUAUAGACACUACAAGUGAAAGUGCCUUUGCAUUUAGCAUAUCUUUUCGAGACGAUUAUGAUAAAAGGCACAUUUUAAGUGGAUCUUCAGAGGAAAAAGUUGAAGAGUGGGUUAAUGCUUUGAAGCAAGCGAGUUACGAGUACUGGCGAUCGAAAUUAAAAACGCUCCAGAAAAGUUUGCAAGAAAAAACAGGCAAAGAUCCUCUUCUUUUAUAUCCCAGGAAUCAAGGAGUCGUGAGAGAUGAGGCUUGGGAAAGCAAACCAAGUUUUCGAUCUCAUGUUCGUGCUUUCACCACCUCAAUCGCCACUUCAUCGACUAUAAAUUCCUUAACUAGGGACGUUAAUCUUAUUGACCUUUCUUGACCUUAUUUAAUUUUAAGCUAACGUUAUUUAAAAAUAGAAAAUGUUUUUUAUUGCAUUGUUCUUUGUGAAAAUGUAAAAUAGUUAAUAAGAAGUUCGAUCCGGGAUCGGAAUCAUGACAGUGAAGCAUAAAUAAUUGUAUAUUAUUGUAAGAAAUAGUCUAUAAUCUAAGAGAUUUUAUAAUCUAUAGUUCAAUUAUUUCCAAACACUAUUUUUGCUUACUAGCUUCAUUUUACCUGAAGUAAAUAGUAUUUAUGGUGCAGUUGCACUGAAGACUGUUCUUAUUAAAAACUGACGUCCUCUCAGCUCAGAUAUUUUAAAUCACAGUUUGAAUCUCUGUUCUUAGACUUUUAAUGUUUACGUUUAGUAGCUAGACUUUUUGCAUGCGUAAAAUUGCGGAUAGAAAUAGAAUAUAAUGAUUAUUUUUAGAGAGAAUACUUUUACAAGUUAUUUGAUUUCUCUAGGCAGUGAUUUGUAUUUUCAAGUAUUCAAAUACCAAAUACUCGUUUAUUUAAAGGAUUGUUAAAGAGCUUAUUCAAUCAUUCAGUAACCAUCAUGUUUAACUAAUGAUGUAUUUUAAUACUGAAAAUAUAUAUUUUAA